AUGAUUUCCACCAGCAAACUCAAGUCCGUCGAUUUCUACAGGUCGGAAUCUCUGUCUCCAUCGUCUGCACCGGCUUGGUAUCUCUCUCUGUUUUUACUAUCUCCGGGUGGACGGCUGCUUUGACUGGGCGAUAGGGACUUCUGGAUCCGGUGUUAUCGUGCAUUGCGUAUUUUUCGAUUUCAGUUCUAUGGACUUAUUUGUGACUGCUCAGUGUAGUGAGCUCCCGUUUAGCAUGUGCUCGUUUUCUUUUCUUCUUUUUGUUUGUUGGUUCAAUCUGCGGCCCGGGGGAGAAACUAGUAGAUGGGUGCCAUCCCUUCAGUUUGGGUCCUUGACUUAACCAGUCAAUUGGCGUCCUGCGUAGAGGCGGCUUUAUGGAUGACAUUAUAACGAUGCCUUGCUUUCGUGCUCUGUUUCCUGAAAGUCUCCUUUCUAUCUGGUAGCCGUCCAUUUGGUUCGCUUGCCAAUGCUGAGUUUGUAGAAACCAGAGACGCAGAUGAUAUCGUUUAAAGCAAUUGCUCGUUUUUUGGACACUUCACACUUUUGAUCCGAUGUUUCUUUAGGAUUUUUGACUUAAGCGUGUAUAUGACAGGAAAGACAUCAACAAUAAGUUCACUAACUUGCCUGGUGCUUGUGAUGCGAACUUUUCUGGAAAUCACUACGUUCUAACUGUCCCAUGAGUGUUCCAAUCAUACUAUGUCGUAUUUAUUAGUAGAUGGUAGUAUAUAUUCAUCAAACGUGAUGAUAAUUAAAUGGUUCCACAUGGACAACACAUAAUGGCAAUUACCCACAAGCAACGGUGAAAUAAAGCGAUAAAACCCAACACAGGAAAUAAAUAGACAAGAUUUAUGUGGACAACUCAUGAAGAAAAACCAUGGUAGAAGAGUGAUAUUUAGCAGCAUAGAUCAUGAUACUGAUUACAUCAACCCUUCCCCAUCUUUCACAAGGAAAAACGUCCCCUACAACUGAUGUCUGCCUUCUUUCCAUACUUUGAUCUCUAAAUUGGGAUUAGGCUUUAUACAUUUUUCUCAAAGACUGAACUACACCCACUUAUCAGGGAAUUAUCAUUAAUGGCUUGUUCUUCGGGCAUUGCUCCAAAACCUACAUCUAGACUGGCCAUGGCACCCAUGCCAUUACCAUGUUUCAGCAAGAAUUCAAGGCACAUGUACAACAUACCUAAAGAUCAUGGGUUUCUUGGCGCCCUGCUUUCUUUUGUUAGCUGAAUACCAUUUUGUUUUCAUCGUCAUUAGUUUUUAUGACAGUCACAGUGUAGCCAUAUGGAAUUAGAUCAAUUGAGACGACAUUUUGCAUCAUGAAACAAGUGUCUUCUAGUAAAAAGCAAAGACCUGUCAGCAGAAUAAAUCAUAUGGCAUUUACUUGACAAACGACCACUGGUUCUACCUGGAAACAAGUAGGCUCAUAUUUCCUAUCAAAAUAGUGUUUGAAUGCAUUACAAGUUGGACUUUGUUUUUGGGUUACUUUCAUAAGAAGGUCGUGAUCCUGGUUCCAAAUAUUGCCACCCUCUAGUAUUCCUUCAACUGCACUCUACAACCACCACUGCUGAUACUAGCCAUGAUGAUUUUUUGGUGAGUGACUUCCAACUACCAGUUCCAAUUCGUGAUGCUUUUGGGACGAAGUUAAAUCUUAUUUUCAUUCAUAUCUGUAAAGUACCUUUUAAACUUUAGAAAUCAUUAUACUCCUUCUCUAUCAUAAAGUUGGUCGAUUGUAUUUUACUUUUUCGUUGUUAUCUGAUGUCAGAAAUUCAAUAGAUGCCAAAAUGUGUGUAUACCACUCUUAUCAUCAUAGAAUGCCAAACUUCUUCCAGUCUUCCAAUGGUACUUUGAUGACAUUUUGUGAAUAUCCAUCACCUUAGAUAUAUUUCCCUAUUGGAAUGGAGUAGACAAAGAUUAGUUGAGGUGAGUAAACCUUUGUAAUCUUUUCGCAGAGAGCUUCUUCCUAUUGUCCUGUAUCUACUACCAUUUUGCCAUAAGUAGUUUGUUACAUAUAUCAAUCUUCAGAAAGUGGCAACAUUUGGGCAAAACAUACUGUUGAAGGCUGGCCCCAGUAUUUGGCAAAAUAAUGUUUCUCUGAAUAUUUUUUUUACGGAAUCGUUUCAUUAGCUACUCGUUGUCAUUUCGCUCAAGAUUAUUGUCAAUAUUUUUCGAGCAAUGUUGCUUAUGACCUCUAUUAUUGUCUUCUUAAUUGCUUCUGGAUACUGAUAUAUCUUCCCUUUCUUUUUUCUACACAGGAAAAUUCCUAGAGAUUUAACGGAGGCAUCACUUUCAGGAGCUGGUCUCUCUAUAGUAGCAGCACUUUCCAUAAUGUUCUUGUUUGGAAUGGUAACAUUAUGCUCAUAGUUGUUGUAUGUAAACUGGCUUAAUGCUUUUUAUUAGAAGCAAUGCAUCGAAACCCCAUCUUUUCUGUAUUUUUGGCCAUUUUACAUGCAAUGUAACUCUUUUCCCAGCAGUGAUCUUCACACUAGUGUUAGUCAAUGUUACUUCUUAUAUUUCGUGGUUAUUGGUAAGUCUUAAUUUCUAUUAUCCCUAGAGAAGUUCAUUAGUUUCUUCUUUAUCAGGAGUUGAACGACUAUUUGACAGUGAGCACAACUACAUCCAUUGUUGUUGACAAGAGUAGAGAUGGAGAAUUCAUGCGCAUUGAUUUUAAUAUAAGGUAAGGGUUUCCUGUUUUUCAUGUUAUUUCUGUAACGUUUUUCUCUCAUGUUUGGAAAAUUAGGUUCCCAACUCACUUGUUUUAUAUGCUUCAAAUGUAAUGAGCUGGAAAUCUGAAACAAAGUUUGACUAGUGGAGAAACUUGCGGUUUCUUUCUUUCCUAAAUUAAGCCAAUGAGAUUCUCUUCCUAUUUCCUUUUUGAUCUUAUGCAGGAAUCCUUAAUUCGGGUUGGAAAGCGUCUGAGAUUCCCAGACUUUUUGAGACAGAUUAUCAGUUUGAACCUCUGACAAAUGCAUUUACAGUGGUUGACAAAAACUUGUUUUGAAACUACUAAUGAUACUAGUGCUAUUAAUCUAAAGAUCCGUUUCGAAUGAUUAAUUACAAUAAAACUUAUUGGAUUUGUGAAUUUUCCAUCAAGGAAUUGGACAUCUCACUGUUUAGCAAUAAAAAUGGGCUUCAAGAUUUGGAGCUAGAUUGUUUAUUAAUUUUAGCUAACCAAGCCCUAAAAGUAGUGGUAAGGCUAGAUUUAUAUAAAACUUCCUGCCAAUUUUAGUAACUUACUAUACUUCAGUUUUGAGUAAAUGAGAGUGAAGGAACCUAUAGAAGUAAUUGCGUUUGAUCCUAAAUAUUAUGAUGAUGUUUUAUGAGGGUAUGUUGUUUGUGGAUGCUUUUCUUCAGUUGGGGGUAUGAUGUUUUACUAACUUCCUGCCAAUUUAAGUAACUUACUAUACUUCAGUUGAUCGAAUAAUUUCUGUCACUAGUUACACAUGUUACCAGGGCAACUUAGCUUAUUUUGCAAGUUUGACUGCGUUGUUGAUAUUUUUUGUGUAUCUGAAUUUCUUAUAGGUUUUACUUAUUUUGGUAUUUUGUCCAAUCUUAUGUAGCUUUCCUGCGCUUUCAUGUGAGUUCGCAUCUGUUGACGUGAGCGAUAUUCUGGGAACAGUAAGUUUUCUUUCUUCUUUCAUCUCUAUUGUUCUACUCAAAAGUUAAGAAAAUUGGGUUUAUUUUUUCAAGUUCUUUCAUUAUUCGUUUUAUAACUAGAACUAUUUUGUUAACCCAUCUUGUUUUUUCUUUUGAAAUCUUUAAAAACCAUUUUCUCGUUUUUUUAGAAACUCUUAGAACUACAAGGUGUUAUUGGUCUUCUCUAGGAAGGUGUUUUAUUUUAUGUUACAUAUACGCUUACCUAGUGAGGAUUUAUUGGUGUUGACUUUUUGUAGAUUCCUCAUAUUCUAGUAUGAUAUUUGAGCUGUACGCUUUUAUAUGGCGUUUUGUCAAGACUUCAUUCCUAGUCCCAUUUAUUAUCCCUUACAAAUAUGGAUCAAUCACAUCUUUAACUGUCAGUUUUUUCUCAAGUUACAAGAUUGCAGCUUGUUUGCAUAUUCAGUCGUCUUUGUGUUUGAGGAACAAUGCCUAGGUGACAAGGUGAUCCAGAUGCCCAAGUCAUAAGAACCACCUAGAUUAGCAACAGGAACACCCAAGUCAUAAUGUUCUUAUUGCCAUAUGACGUGAUGCGUAUGUUUAUCUCGCAUGAUAGAAGUUGUGUCCUGCAAUGUGAACAGCGCAUCCUUUCAUUUAAAAUAUUUAAUAAAGACAUUAUUUUAUUUAAUAUAAUAGUUAUUGAGUGUUUAUAUGAUUUUUUAUAGUUCAUAACUUAUCAAUUUUAAAAUUAGCUGAUGUUUCACAUCUUUCCUAUUUAAUGGAAUAGCAUUUAUUUUUUCAUUUUAAAGAGACAAUACCCAGUCACCUAGGCAUGAGGUGGUAUAUAGCACCUUAUUGCUAUAAAAGCCUUGAAGGGUACCAAUUUGUUUUUGGUGAGUUCUAGUCGGAAUUCGUGGAUGUGGUUUGGAUGUUUAAUUCUAGUGAGUUCAGGAUUUGAAAGCGGGCCUUGACAUCCUUUUAAGGCCUCUAACCAUUGGCUAUGGUAACGUGUUGUCUUUUGUUGAUACUACCCUGCCAUCUUUUAGUGAUGACUGUUUUCUUGUUUGUGAAUGCGAUUAGUGGAUAAUGGGCAAUGUGCUUGUUGAUACUACACUGCCAUUUUUUAUGAUGCACUGGUGUCUUGCAUUGCUUACCAGAGUGCACACAUCAUCUUAGCAUGUUUAUGACAAUGUUCUGGUGGCUUGCAUGGAAGCCCUUGUCUUGUUAAAACGAGAUAAAUUAAUGAUCUGAUUCUUUCAUCUAUGCACUUUCCAUUUUUUUUCCUAUUUCAGUCAUGGUCUUUUAUGUCUGUUCUCUUAUCUCGACACAAGAAUUAGGUACAUAACACCUGUUCAUCUUCUACGUGCAGAAUCGGUUAAACAUAACAAAAACCAUUCGCAAGUUUUCAAUUGAUCCCAAUUUGAAACCAACUGGGUCAGAGUUCCAUGCUGGACCAAUUCCCAUUUUGAAUAACCAUGGUGAUGAGAUUGAAGAAGAAUAUGGUGAAGACUCAGUCAGGCUAACUGGACGCACUUUUGAUCAUUAUUCACAUCAGUAAGCCGCCAUAGCCAUGCUCAUAUUUGUGCUCUAUCAUGCUUUCGGUGUUAUGUUUAUGAGCUGUGUUUAGUGAUGGUUAUAUUAUCCAGUAUUAUUGUGGAUUAUGUGGAUCGCCUCAUAGAAGAAACUUCUCAUAGUAUAUGGGAUCAGUGGAAAAACCAUGGUAAAGCUAGAACACUACCAUUCUUUAGUCUCUAGUCUUGCCCUACAGCAUAUGGAUCUAACUGAAUAGAUGUCAUUCACCCACGCUCCCCCCCUGAAAAAAAAUCUCAUUCAUCUUUGGGGGCCUACUUGGUACUUGAUGGAACUCUUGAUUGGUCAAAAUAUUUAAUAAUACCUCAUCUGAUAGGAGGUAAUGGCGGCUGGACUUCAGCUUUCACACUUCUGCUACUACCUUUUGAGAUUUUCCGUUGAUGAUCAUACUCCACCAUGCAUCCCUUGCCUACACUGCUAUUUGACCGAUAGGAUCUGUUAAGGUCUCCAAAGAGAUAAGGCCCACUCCGCCUGCUAUGUUGCUUUGACAAACUUUCUUUCUAUUAAUAUCCCUUGCUCUUUCGUCAUCCUUUUCUUGAGAGAAAUGAAAAUUGAAUACUUAAUAUUCUAUUUCUCCUCAUUUUUGGCGUUUUGAAGAUGAAGAGCUGGUAUAGAAUCUGUUUGUGGUUUAGCAUCUGUAGAUUUUUCUUAUUUUGAAUGUCUGGCCUCUCAAGAUUUCCUAUUGAAUAAUACAGAACUUGAUCCACAUGGAGAUGGUGAGAAGACUGGCCUUAGAAAAGAUAUUUCUUUAACUGUGAGAACUUUCUAUGGAUAUAGAACAUAUGAAACUUAUGCCGUCCACAUGAAAGAUUGUAACAUCAUUUUAAGAGGCUUUGGUAACAUUUUUCAUGGUAAGCCUUCAAAUGAGGCAUGAUAGAAGGAGAGACGGAGAAAAUUUCGCUUAACUAUAGCUGGAAUUGUCCAUAGUUGCAACAAAUGUGAGGAAGAGGCUGAUAUGGCAUGGAGAUGGGAAUACAACGGAUUCUUGUAUUAAUUUGUAGAGUGCAGAAAAUUACUAUGGAUGAUAUUCAUGAUUCAAUGGAAAAUUGCACAUGAUAGAACGAGACAAGAGAAAUCCUCGAGAAAUUCAAUCAAGCUAAAUGGAUAAGCGUAUUUUCUGUAGCUUCUCAGCAUAAACCUUUGGCCUCUUCUAUAUAUUAAGUUAUUCAACGGAUAUUGAUAUGAGUGGUUAUGUCUCUAUGCUUCCAAUGGGAAAAUAUCAACGCUGCAAUAAAAAUGUUGCUGUGCUACACCUGUAGACUUGUUGACUCCAAAAAAAAGAAACUGAAUACUGAUUUCAUAGAAGGAAUGGAUGUAGAUCUCAUGAGAUCUGAGCUUCUCAAUAUCCUUAGUACACCAGUCAAGAUUGUGGACUGUUUCAAUGGCUGGCAUAGCAAAUUCAUACGGCUUACCCAUGACACUGAGAAUCAGAUUAACUUUUCAGGAUUCCCUACGUCAGUACUUAUUCCUUUUCAGCACACUCUAUCAGCUUCAUGAAAUAGUUCAGGAAUUUAGCUUUUCUUAGAUAACUUAACUAAUUAUAUUUAUAUAAUUAUUGUUCUUGUUUUUUCUCCGUUUAUUACCCUCAGUCCACCGAUCUCGCAGAUCUGAUCCCACUCUGGAGCGAAUUAGCCAAGCCUAACGAACCAAUCAGUCUUUUCUAGGUCUGGUGUAACCUACACGGAAAGUGGAUAGUGGGAUUUGAUUUCUUAUCCUUUAUCUCUCUAGGCUAUUUGGACAGGGAGGAACGGGCAUAAUGUGAGAAGGGAUAACUUCUCAGCCAUUUGUGCUUUCAAUUGGGUAUGUGAGUAGUUCAUAGAGUUAUGGAGUCUUUUCUAUAAUGAAAAAGGUGAUAAGUUUAUAAUCUGGUGUAUUCAGCUUCUAGUAUGGUCUACAUCUUGAUGUGAGAAGUAUGGGUGUCUGGGAGUUUAUGGAAAACACAGCGUACAUCUACUUUCCAAAUUCUCCUUAUAUUUGUUUCUCUUAACCAUAGAUGCCUGGAAAGUGAGGUGCUGGUGUGUAAGCAAUGUGCAAUAUACCCCCAGGUUUAUCAAUAAUGAUUGAGUUUCCUCACUGACAAAAGAAAAAUUUGUGUGAAUUUGGAAUACCUUAACGGUAUCACGAACAUCUUUUGUUUCGUUUUUCUUUUGCAUGAAAUGUGAAGGAAAAUCAGUUGGUUUUAAUAGUUGCUGCUUAUCUCACCGUGGUCUUGAUAAAAUGUAAUAGAUCUUUUCCUAUGUUCAGUUGGAUAUAAUUUGUAUUUAAUGGUUAAAAUUGCAUGUUCUGAUAUAAUAUAAUGGAUAAUGUUUUGCGAGCUAUCCAUCACUUAGACUCUAGUUAGACCCUGCUCCGUUUUUGCGAAUAAAUGUGUCCUAAAUCUCUGAGGACGUGUUAAUGGGCGGUAAUAAUGAGUUUAUCUGGUGGCCUUUGCUUCAUUGAAGAUGUGAUGAAUUUAUUAUUGAAUUUUUAUGAGGAUGAUCGGCAUUUUUAGUUGGCCAUGAACUCUGGGAAGUUCAGACAUCUGCAAGAGCUGCUCAGUUUUUGCUGGGCAGUACUGGUUUCAUAGGCUCCACAAUGACUAGGAUAGUGGCAACCAUAGUGACGUCACUGGGAACUGUGCUCUGUGAUAGUAUGGUCGUAGAUCUAGAUCUCCAUUGUUUUCUAUAAUCAUUAACUUUUCACGUACAUCAUCACAGAUAUGGGCUGCAGUCUGUAUUUGACCACAAACAUGGAACAGGUUUUCCAUUUUUGUAAACAUCUUGCAUGUGAUUCCUUACGAUAUGAAUAAUGAUAUUCAAGUAUGUUAAAUCAUGGUCUAUGAACGCUGGCAUCCUUAAAAGAUCGUUUUCUUAAGUGAUUUAAUCAAUUUUCCAUCUUAAUCUCUUAAAAAUUUUCGAGCACAGUUGGAAAUGUAUGCUUUUCCAUCGAAAAAGGCAUUAUAUAUUGAAAGCUUCUGUUAUACCACUUUCGUUGUUAUAAAUAGCAUUAUAUUAUUCUGCUAAUCGACUGAGAUACUUUUGCAGGCAUGCAAUAUUGGUUGUAAACUUUUAUGCACCUUGGUGCUAUUGGAGCAACCGCUUGGUAACUAGUGCUCAUUUUUUCAUCUCUUGUUUAUUAUAAAAUGUUUCAUCAUGACAGAUUAGACUUUUUAGUCUGCAUAUUAUCUUGCCAAGGAAACUUCUAACAGUUUGAGCAAUUUGUCAUCUAGAAAUUUGACAAUAAAAUUGCUUGUUCUCUGUUGAUACUUAUUCUAAUGGCUGGUUUGUCUGUGAAUAGUUUGCCUGAAAAGGAUGUUUUAUUUUCGUCAGGCAAAAAUAAUAAACUCUCCUGUGGGUUUCGUGCCAGUGCUAUCUAAAGCAUUCCUUUGGGGAAAUGUUUUUAUCUGCUGAAUCAGCAUAUUUGAGAGUAGAAAGGAUGAUCUGGGAAAAUAACAUAGACGUAAAAAGUGAAAUUUAAAGUAAGAUAUAUUUUGCAUAGUCAUGAUUGUUUUGAUCUUCUCCUUCCUGCUCCACAAGUGACUUUUGAGGAUGCAGUUUCCAUGGCAUAGGUUGGUGGGUGAUGAUGAGUAGUGACGGAUGGUUGGGAGGGAUGUCAGGGAGUGGGCCAGGAUGGGCCUGGGCUUGUUGAUCCAUGUUAUCAGGGGGUUAUUGAUCUGAUUUUUCAAAUCGUGAAGUUUUCUCGAUUGGCUGCAGAGACUGAUUUGCAGGUUGGUCCCUUAGAUGACGAAAAAAUGUAUCCGAAAAUUCAUUUUGAGAGAAAAUCUUUGCUUGCCUACUCAAUGUUAAUGGGACUUCGAAAUUUUGAGAACCUGGUCUGAGGUAAUCUCUGACCAACAUGUCUCUGACAUGUGUCAGUGGUGAUACGUUCUGAUGACAAUCGGUCCAAUGUAAAAUCAUUUAGGUCACCCUGACAUGUGUCAGUGGUUAGAAUCUUGAAAAACCAUCAUGAAUUGUGUGACUUAGUUCAAAUUCGACCCAGUCUUGGACGAGGCAGACACGAAGAGAAAGUGGUAAAGUAUCAUUUUUCAUGAUCUCCUUUUUCUCCUGCUAUUUUUUUUCUUGAUCUUCUUCGUCAUUCCCUACUUCUCCUCUAUUCUUCUUUUUUACCCUUCAAUUGAUAUAAUGUGAUUAUUCAUUUGCGGAGUCAUAAAAUAUGGAGGAUGUAUAGAAAUCAGUCUAGGCAUCUGUAGGAAUGUAUUUCCGUGCCAUUAAUAUUCAGUGAGUGUGUAAUUUUGUAAUUUCUCUUUCCAGAGGCCCUCAUGGGAGAAGGCAUCUAAGAUUAUCCGAGAAAGGUUAUUUUCCCAAGCAUUAUGCCAAUCCCCUAUUACAUGAUUUUCUUAACGCUUUUUUUGUGUGGAUCGGUCACUUAGGCUUUAAUUUUGCAGAUAUGAACCUGAAGUUGAUGGACGAAUUCUAAUGGCAAAAGUUGAUUGCACAGAAGAAGUUGAACUAUGCAGGAGGUGUGCAGUAUGUUAAUAACGUUUACUUUUUACCCACCAGUCCCAAUCGUGUAGUUGUGCCUGAAGGCUGUUGUGGCAAGUCCUGAUUCCGACUCUGCAGUCGUUUUUCUUGGACCACAGAUAUUGUGUUGCUUGGUCUCUCUUUCACACGACUUCUGUAAAAAUGGCUGUUCAUGAACGCCUAAAGAGACCAGAACCUACCUUGACUCUUGUGAUUCUGCAGGAAACAUAUCCAGGCGUAUCCAUCUAUCCGAAUUUAUCGAAAAGGUAGCGACAUCAGGUAUCUGUUCAUUCCUUUACAGGCAAUAUUUUAUCUUCACUUUGCCGUCUUUGGCCUGAUUGUGAUGGCAUACUUCUCAAUAUUACACAUUCGCCAAUAUAAUUUAGUUCCGUACAUUGGAGUAUUUCUUACCAGUUUUAUAUCAUGGAGAUCAUAACAACAGUAUCAAAAGUACAAACAUAUGCUGUUUAAUGUGGUAAUCAAAUUCUUCCAUUCAUCAUGUACUUGGUAGUCGGCUGGAAGGUUCUUUGCUGAAGUCGAGAAAUUUGUUGAAGCCCUUCGACCUGGUAUCCUAUGUCAUAUGCUGAAUUGCAGGUAGCGCAGAGGCUGUGCCCUAGCAACAGGAGUGCAAAUAUUUGUGGGCUGAUGAUCCAUCAUGUUCUAAACGAACUCAUGCAACCUGUUGUAGAUAACUUUCCAUUAACGUGUUGGAUAGUUCCAAAAUAGAAAUUUCAAGGUGUUUUUUGUCAUUUUUACUGGUUUUCUUCUUGAUGUCGACCUCCUUCCAAACUGCACCAAGUUCUUCAUUAAGAUCCCUAGGUAUAGGCACAAUGUCUUCACGAAUUUCCCCUAAGUCUAGUUCGGGAUUAGGUAGAACAGGGCUACAUCAUUGGCUAAUUCAUAUAGGUUCGCCCCUAUUUACCUUAUAAUGUUCUAGAAGAAGAGGGAAAUGGGUAAGUUUGAUACGCAGUCAGAAUGUGCUUUUUUUUUUUUUCUGCUUGCCUUUUCCUCUAUUGAAAUACAUCUAACAACGCUCAGAAGUUGUCGGAUUCUGUUCGUUGUAAUAUGCUUCGUUAUUGUCUCAAACAGGGAAAAUCAUGGGCACCAUGAUCACGAAUCCUACUACGGAGACAGAGACACAGAAAGCCUAGUUGCAGUAUGUUAAGUCGAAACCUUCAAUUAUCUGUCUUGCUCUUCCUUCAUAAUUUAGCCUUGUUUAUGAGUAUAAUGGUGAUAUCCUGAACUAAAAAUUGCAGGCAAUGGAGACAUUGGUUGCUCCUGUUCCAAUGGAAUCUACGCUUUCCUCGAAAGAUCAAUCUAAUAGCACUGCAGAUAGCGCAAAGCGACCCGCACCGAAGUCAGGUGGAUGCAGAAUAGAAGGUUUUGUCCGCGUGAAGAAGGUGAGAAACAUUUUCUUAAUCAACCUCGAGUUUCAUUGUUGUUAAGAACGCAUACUCUGCACCUGCGUUUUUCUCUCUGUUCCCUCUGAUAAUGUUUAUUUUCCUAAUAUCCCCGACUUUACCUGAAUACUGGAACUGCUCAUUUUCUUAAAUAACUUAUUAAUAUUUUUUUAUUUACAGUAAUGUCAACCAUUUACUGUUUUGAGAAACCGUGCAGUAUGCAUUUUUUUUCUUCUCAUGAUUCAAUUGCUGAACCCUUGUUUGACUUUCUGGAUCAUACUGAGAACAGCUAAUAUGUUUAUGAACUCGAAGGAGCCUGAUCCCUGCUGAUUAAUGGAUGAGGGUCGGGCCAGUUGGCUCUGUUCAGGUCCCAUGCAGUUCAAUCUUACAUCCUUAAAGCACGUUUGCUUUGUUUACAAUCUCUUUUUUAUACGGUUAAUACCAUUUUAAGUGUCUAUUUUUCUCUUUCUAAUUUACCCGUCUCAUUCUUUCUAAUUAAAUCCUAUAUUUAUAACUUUUCUCUUCUCUAAUGAACAGUAUCUUAUAUCUAAUUAUACAAAUCACCGGUAUUUUUACCCUAAGAACGGUGACCGCAAAUAUCCAUAUAUAUUAUUUCAAAAAUGUCUGAAACUCGAUUGGCAGACGAUGUCUUUAUGUUUAUUCGUUUCCCCCUCAUACAAUUGACACGUGUCAAAAUCCUUAUAGUCAAGUGAGCAAUAGAGGGAGCGAGAGAGGGAGAAGAGGAGAGAGAGAGAGAGAGAGAGAGAGGAGAGUUAACGUAGUCAUUUUGAAUGGUCCUUGCCUGUUGCUUCCUUGACAUUUUGUUUUUUCUUCAUUUUCUAAUGAAAAAUUUGCACACAUAAUUUUCUUUAAUUUUCCUUAAUUAUACAUUAUUACCAAAAAUGCUUAUGAAAUUGUGUUGCCUUCAUUGCUGCAUGAGCGGGAUUGUUACAUCUGCCAUGAUCCGCAGCUUGUCACCAUUGAUGUACCCAUCUGCUGUGCAGGUUCCAGGUAACCUUGUGAUCUCAGCUCACUCGGGGGCCCACUCCUUCGAUCCUUCUCAGAUAAACGUGUCCCACUACAUCUCACACUUCUCCUUCGGGAAGAAGCUCUCUGCAAGGACCCUCUCUGAGCUGAAGCGGCUCAUCCCUUAUCUCGGUGGAAGCCAUGAUCGGCUGGCAGGCCAAUCCUACAUGACCAGCCACGAUGACACCAAUGCAAAUGUCACUGUAAGCAAGCAGACGCUCCUUGUCUCUUUCUCAUCAUCUCCUUCUGAAUGGCCGAGACCUCAUCACCAAUCGGGAUCAGCACCGCUUGGUCAGAUCCCAUCAUCGCUCUCUGGUCGUUGACAAAUUCGGUUUGGCAAGAAUCUUAGGUUUGACUUUAGGGGAGCCCUCUUUCUGUUUUGUGGUUGACUUUGUCUCUGCAUAUCAGAUUUCCUAGGCCUGGUUCUUGGCUGUUCCUAUCUGGGUUCCUCUUAGUAUCACUGUUCAAAGGUAGAGAUCGCCUUCAUUCAUUCUGUUUGAUCAAAUCCUGGCCGCCAUGUUAACGAUUCUAUUGUUUCAUUUUGUAUGUUUGACUUGAUGGGCCUGUGAUGUUAGCGUUGACAUAUUCGUUGACGACCCUGCAACGUUAGACUUGGAUCCCUCCUGUCUUAAUAACCUCAGAUCCAGAAGAAGCUGCAAUUUUACACCACGAUGCUUCCAGUGAUCCACUUGACUCUCUCUUCAAGAGUUGACUUUUUAUGCAUCGGGAACCUUAGUCAUGCCUGUCGUCUAUCUCCAAUUCAUGUUCAGAUUUUUUUAAGACGCACUUUUGUCAGAGGAAACUUCAUUCGACUGCUCUGGAGAUGGGGAGUUAUUCAUAAAUACAUCUGGUCAACAUUCUGAUCCUCUUCCAUUUCUACGAGUUAACCUACUAUGGAGAUUUGACUUAUCCAACUGUCAUUACACUCGGCUAUGCUUAUCCGGAUUCGUUCACUAUCUCGACAUCUGCAUAUCAGUGUUCAUCUGAUAGGUGCUGACUUUUUAGUCUCCAAAUCUCUCAUGAUAUCUUUUUCUCUUCAGAUUUUUCACAACACUGUAGAGUGCCCCAGCAAAUUGACUGUUCUAGAUAUGACAAAUCGGUCCUAACCGUGUAAAAUCAAUUAUUUGACCCUCUUCCAUUUCUUCGCGUUGACCUCGUAUGUAGAUUUUGACUCUUUGAAUUUUUUUAUUAAGAGACAACACCCUUUUUAUUUAUUUAUUGCCAUUAACAGAAUAUCAUGCCGAAGUUACCCUUCCACUGAUCAUAUCAACCCUAAAUUAUACUUAAUCUGUGUGUGUUCAUACUCUUGGCAUCGGCAGAUCGAGCAUUAUGUCCAGGUUGUGAAAACCGAGGUGAUCUCGAGCAGGUACUCUCAAGAACACAAGCUCUUGGAGGAGUACGAGUACACUGCCCACAGCAGCCUGGUUCACAGCCUGUACAUUCCAGCCGUCAAGUUCCACUACGAACCCGCCCCCAUGCAGGUCAACCCCAGAAGUCAACGCCCAAGACUCUUCAGCCCACAAAGACUCAUCCAAUGUUCUUUCCCGUGUACAGGUCUUGGUGACUGAGGUCCCAAAGUCUCUGUCCCAUUUCGUCACCAAUUUAUGUGCGAUCAUCGGCGGAGUCUUCACGGUCUGCCCCAGAAACCGCCCGUUUUUCCCCCGUGGAUCUCUGGUCGUUGACUUUUCUGAAGAUUUCCUGUUUGUCCUCUACAGGUUGCUGGGAUCCUGGAUUCUAUACUCCACAACACCAUCAGGUUGAUGAAGAAGGUUGAGCUGGGUAAGCAUAUUUGA